AUGUGCCAUGGACGUGGUGUGAAGGAAUGCCAUCACUGUAAAGGCGGCGGCAAAAAACCGUGCACAGCCUGUUGCGGUUCGGGCAGCGUUCGCAACUACACAAAAAUCAAAGUCUACUUUAAAACCGAACGUUCUGAAUUCUUCACGGAAUCUGAGGUGCCGGAAAAGCUACUGUCGCAAGUGAAAGGCAAGGAGAUCUUCUGUGAAGAGGAACCAUAUGUACUUCCUAUCUCGAAGUAUUACGUUGAUGAGGUGAAUGAGAAAAGCAGGCAGUUUUGCGCUCAACAUCUUCAAGACAGCAUGGGAAUGUGUCGCGUGAUUCGGCAACGGCAUUGCUUGGUGGCGAUUCCAGUCUGCAAAGUCUUCUACACUCUUGACAAAACGAAAGGGAAUAUCUUUGUCUAUGAAAGACAGGCAAUGUUAUGUGCCGAGUUUCCCGUCAAAAUGUACCAUUUUGUAAAAAAAAAUUGA